ACUAGAUCCCACUGUCCUCCCAGAACUGGGGACAGAACCCAGGAGUCCCAAUUCCCAGCUCCCCAGCCCCAUCUCUGGGUGUUGGGUGCUGGCUGGGCCCAUGGCCUGGUCUGUUCUCCCCCUGCAGGAGCCCCUCCAGCAGUGGGGUGAAGAGGUGGAAGACGGGGCCAUCUACAGCAUCACCCUGCAGCGGGUGAGGGCAGAGCCUGCAGCCAAUGGGGGACCCUGCCCGCUGGCCGGAGUUGGCCCCCCCUGCCCCUUCGUGCAGUACCGCACCUGCAGGCUGCGCCGGCUGCGUGCCGGGACCCUGCCCCAGCUGGUGAGAGGCCUGGUCGUGGCCAGUGCAGAGAGUGACCCUGGCUACCUCCCCAGCUUCCUGGCCACCUACCGCGCCUUCGCCACCCCCGGCCGCGUGCUGGAGCUGCUGCUGCCGCUGGGCCCUGACAGGGCUGUGCUGCAGGUGCUGGAGCUCUGGCUGCAUGAUCACCCCGAGGAUUUCCGGGAGCCCCCCCAGCACCCCAGCCUGCGCCAGCUCCAUGGCUACCUGCGCCAGGCAGCCCCGGGCUCGGAGGGGUGUGCGCGGGCCGAAGGGCUACUGCAGAGCUUUCAGGAGGAGCCGGGAGAUGAACAGGCGGAGCCUGAGAGCUGUGAAUCCCCUGGGGAUGGUCUGCUGGUGUUGGGGGGCGAGGGGGGGCCAGAGGGCUGCGGGGAGUCCCCCGAUCUCCUGUCGUUCAGUGUGGAGGAAGUGGCCGAGCAGCUGACGCUAAUGGACAUAGAGCUGUUCAUGCAGGUGCGGCCCUUCCACUGCCUGGGCUGCAUCUGGUCGCAGCGGGACCGCAAGGUGGGCGAGGGGGCAGCGCCCAGCGUCCGCGCCACCGUGGCCCAGUUCAACGCCAUCACCAGCUGCGUCGUCGCCUCGGUGCUGGGUGAUGUGCAGCUCCGUGCGCCGCAGAGAGCCCGGCUGCUGGAGAAGUGGGUCGCAAUCGCCCAGCACUGCUGCGUUCUGCGUAACUUCUCCUCCCUGCGAGCCGUGAUCUCCGCCCUGCAGUCCAGCCCCGUGCACAGGCUCAAGAGGACCUGGGCUGCCGUCAGCCGGGACACCAUGGGCGUCUUCUGGAAGCUCUCGCAGAUCUUCGACGACAAGAACCACCUGAGCUGCCGGGAAAUCCUGCUGCAGGGAGAUGCUGCCCAGGGCGUCCCCGAGGGAACCCCCAGCCCCCGCGUCGCCCGCAAAGCGACUCAGAAACUGAAUCCCCCGGAGAAGCCAGCGGCGCCCCCCCCAGGCACUGUCCCGUACCUUGGCACCUUCUUGACGGAUCUGGUGAUGCUGGACACGGCGCUGCCGGAUUUCCUGGAGGGUGGGCUCAUCAACUUUGAAAAGAGGCGGAAGGAGGCGGAGAUCCUGCUGCGGAUCCAGCAGCUGCAGACGUCGUGCCGGGGCUACGCCCUGCACCCCAACCCCCCCGUGCUGGCCGCCUUCCAGCGCCACGGCCGGCUCUCCGAGGAGCAGAGCUACCGGGUCUCGCAGCUCAUUGAGCCCCCAGCCGACUCCUGCCCCAACUCACCCCGUGUCAAACGCAGCCUCAGCAAACGCUUCAGCUCGCUCCUGCUGGGGGCCGAGGCCCUGCCCCCCCGUCUGCCCUCUGCGAAGGGCAGCAUCUCGCCCUCGGGCACCAGCAGCAGUUGCGAAGCUGAUGAGGGGCCCAGUGCCCCCUGCUCCCUGGAGAUGGGGGGGCCCCUUGGCAAGAGCCUGCUGGAGCUGCCGGUGAGCACCUGCCCCCCCGAGGAGCCGCCCUCCCCCCUUGCCCGCCGCCCCUGCUCGCCCCUGUACAACCAGCAGGGGGCGGACUCGUGCAUCGUGCGGGUCAGCAUGGACAACGCCCACGGCAACCUCUACAAGAGCAUCCUGUUGACCAGCCAGGACAAGACCCCAGCCGUGGUGCUGCGCGCCCUCCAGAAACACGGCCUGGACGGGACCCCGCCCGGAGCCUUCCAGCUCCUGCAGCUGCUGGGGGGCGGCAGAGAGCUGCUGAUCCCUGACGGGGCCAACGCCUUCUAUGCCAUGAAUCCAGCUGCCAACUUCGACUUUGUCCUGCGCCGGAAGGGCCCCCCCAGCCCCCGCCUGCCCCGACCCACCCCUGCCCACAAAGCCCCCACUCCCCUACCCCCCAGCCCAGCCCUAACCAUGGAGCCCUCACUCCCCUCCCUCCCAGGGCCCUUUUUGCCGCCAGCACCCCACAGCCCGGGCACCCCCCCAUGGUCCCCCCUCUCCUCCCUCCCAGCCCCUAGCACCUCCCCCUGGCAGCCUCCCCCAGCCCUUCCCCCCUGAUCUACACCCCAGAUCCCCCUGCUUCAUUCCCCAGCCCCCGCUCCCCCGCUGCAUGUCUAGCUCCUCCCUGCACACCCUGUUGGCCCCUCCCCAAGUCGCCCUGGGGAUCUACACCCCCCCUGCCAUCGGCAAAACAAGCCUCAGCUGGGCUCCCCCAAUUCCCAUCCCCCCAGCCUGCCCCCUGUCCCACCCUGCAGCCAGGAGUGCCGAGCGUGCCAUGGGGCACCGGAGACGCCAGGAUCGGCUGUGCUGGGGGCUGCCCUGCUCCCGGGAAGAGGGGUUUGGGGGGCAGGCGAUCAUGGAGGCCUGGAUGGGGCCAACACUCCUGGGAGAGGUCCCCGCUGAGGAGUGGGGUCUGUGCUUGGGGUUCCCCCCUCGCUGCUCCCCAGCAAUCAGCCGAGGGGUGGGGCUCUGAAUCCUGGGUUUUCCAAUAAACCCCCCUGAGCAGAG